AAAAAAGGGGGAGAUAACACCGAAUCUAUUUUACUCCUUGCCCGCCGCGACGCGCAUGGAUAAACGUAUAUAAAUAAACGAGCCGUGCUUUUUUUUCAUUUUAUAUACGUACUCCAGUUUUUAUCUCCUCCGCUCGCGCUCGCGCGCACGUCCUCCGCUACUCGUGCUCGUUCUUAUCCUCGCCAGCUCACGCGCGGUCGCUGUCCUCCUCCUCCUCCUCCACCCUUUAUAUUGUAGCGGCUGCCUUCUUUCCGCCAGUCCACUGCGACGAGGUUAGGUUUGUUGCGUUUGCCUUUUGAUCUGAUCGAUCGUCGGCGGCGUUCGUGGAGGGUUGGAUACACAUGGACGCGUACAUGUGGUGCCGGCGCGGCGGCGGGGCGGCGCCGGCGUGCGAGGAGCAGGAGGAGGACAUAGGGUCGCCGUCCACGUCGGCGAGCUCGGCGCGGUCGUCGGGGUCGUCGUCGGAGCUCGCCGACGACGCGAGCUCCUCGUCUUCCGGCUCGGCGGACCGCCACUUCGAGAUGUCCGAUCUCAUGACGCAGCUCCCGUUCAAGAGGGGGUUGUCGAGGUUCUUCGACGGCAAGUCGCAGUCGUUCGCGUCGCUGGCGGCGGUCGCCUCCCUGGAGGUGGAGGACCUGGCCAAGCCGCCGAGGAAGCGCCUCAAGCCGUCGCAGAGCUGCGGCGGUGGCCUGGACGCGCACCGCGGACGCGUCCUGUCGCCGCGCCGGCAUUGCCCCAAGGCCGCCGGCGCCAGGAAGGCAGCCGCCACCGCCAGGGCCGCGCUCUCGGUGCUCGCCGCUGCGCCGAGGCGGCCGCCGCUGGCAGCGCCGGCGGCGAGGCCGGAGGGAGUGGCCGCUAAGUUUCUCGUCGUUAACUAGGAGUUUGUCCUCCUAACACUAAAAUGGGCACUGUUCGUGUUGUUUGUUGGGUGAGCUUGUAAAUUGUAAUAUAAAUACACGGUUGAGUUGGAUAGUUAGAAUGCUAAAUUAGAAAGCAUGUCUCUUCAGCAUGUUCCGGUUGCAGGAUCAAGUUCUAGCAACCGACCAAGCAAAGAAACUGUCAUUAAGGGCAAAUACUGAAAUUCCCGUCGAUUGCCAGGCAUCAAACCCCACAUUUUGACAACUAUUCUAAAGAGGACGGCCUACUGGAA